CUGUUGCUUCUCACGGCUUUUGUCUCAGACAGCUGGAGAUGCUUUGUUAAGUGCGCUUUCCUCCCAUGAAAUACUCGAGCCGUAGGCCUCUUAAAACUAUCUUACUCCACAUCGUUAAAUCGUGCUUGAACCCGGCGAUUGCUGUUGACGACAUGGCUUGCUGACAGCGGUCAGCUUUGGAUGGUUCAACCAGAUGAUCGACGCUCAAUCAGUCGACUAGUAGUCUUUAGGACAUCGACACCCUACUUCCCUUCAUGAUUCGGCAUUUCUUCUCUGCAGCCCAGAUGGAUGAUGAUGAAGGCGUCGAGGGAUUUUCAGUUGAUCUGACACAUUAUCAGCCAUCUGUGGUCUCACGACUUGCUCAGGUCGCUUCUCCUUUUACUUUUCUGGGGCACACGAUAGAGCCAUGCGAUCUGAUCAAAUCCCGGAUUUCUUCUCUACUCCCCACUCAGUACUUCUCAUCUUCUUGCCUUGCGCAUUUAUUCGGAACAGAGGCAUACACUCACCCCACGUCAAUCAGCGAUAUAGGGCUUACUUCUACCCCCAAAUUCAGCCUAUCAUUCAAUCCCUCUCUCAUCGUGCUUUUAUUUAGUUCGGGAUUGGAAGUACUUUGUCCGUAAUCGAAGGCCCCUGCUUCGUCUCCGCAUCCACAAGGUCAGAACCGGUACAUAUCAAUCCCCGUCAACGUUCACAUGCGCAUCCAGAAUGAUCUCUAAUCGGUAGAAUGGUACUGGUCGGAAAUCAAAAUAUACUUUCGUUCAAUCGAUACCUAGGACUUCCAUAUUUGUUUGAUGUCACAUCACACAAUACUGAGUUCAACCAAUCAAGGAUCUCGACUCCGACUCGGUCCCUCGGAGGCAGGCGAUAUCCAUCAUCGUCAUGCCGAUUUGGCGAUACGAGGGAUGCAGCGCUGAACAGCAGUAUAUCUGGUACGAAGACUAGAUCGCUAUAUCCUUCAACAUCCC